UUGACAUACCACAAAAGUGGAACAGAAGAGUUGCUCAGAGCAGCGGUUUGUUUAAAAAGACAAACAGUUUAUGUGUAUGAUGGACCCGUUGUACAUAGCUUUAAGCUCCUAUCGCAGGCGAAAAUAUGACCAGUGUGCGUCACUUUGCACAGAAUUACUGGAGAAAAAUCCAUACGAUCAGGCCAUAUGGACACUUAAAAUGAAAGCCUUGACAGAACAAGUGUAUGUGGAUGAUAUAGAAGCUGAAGAGGAGGGCAUGGCGGAUGCUAUACUGGACGAUGAUAUCAUAGCCCAGGUUCCUCGCCCUGGAACUUCGCUCCGCACAUCAUCUCAAGUUCAGCGUGGUGUCAGCCAGGGUCAGAGACCACUGACACAAACUGGUCGUCCACUGAGUGGAGUUGUUCGACCAGGUACUCAGACAAGUCGGCCAGAAACUAUUGAACAGGCUCUGAAAACUCCACGUACUGCACGGACAGCUAGACCAGUGACAUCCCGCUCUGCACGAAGUGUGCGUUUGGGAACAGCAUCCAUGUUGACAGAACCAGGUGGACCCUUCAUACAGAUUUCGAGACUAAAUCUUGGAAAAUACGCUGCUAAUCCUUCCAUCGCUAAACCUCUUUUUGAAUACCUGUUUUACCACGAGAAUGAUGUGAGACAUGCUAUGGAACUUGCUGUGCAGGCAACUGAGGCCUCUUUGUUCAAAGACUGGUGGUGGAAAGUACAACUUGGGAAAUGUUACUUUGUAAUGGGCCUGAUGCGAGAUGCAGAGCAACAGUUUCGUUCAGCUCUGAAGUGGCAACAGACGGUCGAAACAUUUUUGAGGUUGGCAAGGGUUUAUAUUCGUCUGGAUCAGCCUCUGACAGCACUCGAUGUUUGCAAGACAGGACUCGAGUACUUUCCUAAUGAAGUGACACUUACAACAGAAAUAGCCAGGUUGUUUGAGGGCAUGAACAAGAUAACAGUCUCUGUAAAAUAUUAUAAAGACAUUCUGAAGGAAGAUGCCACCCAUGUUGAGGCUAUAGCAUGCAUAGGGAUGCAACACUUUUAUACAGACCAACCAGAGGUAGCUCUUCGAUUUUACAGACGUCUGCUGCAAAUGGGAGUAUACAAUGCAGAGCUUUUCAAUAAUCUUGGACUCUGUUGUUUUUAUGCUCAGCAAUAUGACAUGACACUGACAUGCUUUGAACGAGCUUUAAAUUUAGCAACAGAUGAAGUAAUUGCUGAUAUAUGGUAUAAUAUUGCACAUAUAGCAAUUGGAGUCGGAGACUGUGGGCUGGCUUCUCAGUGCCUGAGACUAUCUCUGAGUGCAGACAGUAACCAUGCACCUGCUUACAACAACCUGGGUGUACUGGAACUAAGGCGGGGUCAUUAUGAGCAAGCUCGAGCAUUCUUCCAGGCUGCUGGCUGCCUUGCGCCAUAUUUGUUUGAACCUCAUUACAACCAUGCCUCUCUAGCAGAGAAGAUGGGUGAUCUGCAAACUAGCUACAUUGUUAUACAGAAAGCUCUUGAAGCAUAUCCUUGCCACACAGGCUCCCAAGAACUACUAAACUCACUUCAGCGGCAUUUUGCGUUUAUUUAAAUUUUAUGAAAUUACAUUUAGUAUAGUGGCUCAGUGAGUAAGUGUUCGACUUUAUUCGGAGGUGCAAGGUUCAAUCCUCACUCAGGCAAACAAUAUUUUCUGUUCACGGAUAUUGCAGGCCUGCAGCCAGAUGAUGUUCACUACACUUCAUGCUAUUUUGACUGGAAACCUAUCAGUAAUCCUCAUGUGAACCAUCAAAGACUGCAAGUGUACAAUCGAAAUAUUGUGGAGUAUAGAAAAUGUCUUUUAACAUUCAAUUCACAGGGAACAUUUUAAAAUUCACGUCUUUUUUCUGUCACUUACAGCUUCUUUCACCUGUAAAGUUACACCAUGGUUCUCGGGCCACAUUAAAUUGUAAGACCCCAUAUAACUGGCUGCAUAAGUCUGUUUAAAGGCCAAGGAAGGCAAGGGGGUAGCACAUCCAGCCUUGUAAAGCACUAUCAUG